ACCUCAGGCGGCCACCGUCGCUGGCGCAAUCCUCUGACUCCGAGCGCUUCUGUUCGUCGCACUCCGCUCCGCCUGGCGCGCCGACCGCAGAACUGCGCUAGCGCUACCGAUUCCACUACCUCGUAGCCACCAACCGUCGAAAUCUAGCAGUCCACAUGCCAGGUUUUAGGAAGUCUCACGAAUCCCCUCAUGUGCCGAUGCGCGCACCACCGCCUUCGAAUGCCGGAACCGGAACGGGUCUUCCCCUCCUCGCUGCCGCCCUCCGCUCCGGUGAGGGUUGCUACCGCUUUCCGGAUGCGCUUCCUACUCUCUACAGACACAGAUGCAGAAGGGCGACACCAUGUGCUUGACUGUCCUCCUUUCUCUUGUGGGCAACUUAGACAUGUAUCUCAUCCUUUCCGUCGGCGAGGUGAUCCACCUGGGUGUGGUGUUCCAUCAUACGAGCUAGUGUGCACUGAUGCCAAGGCUUCCAUUCGCAUUGGCAGUGGAACUUACGAUGUGGUUAGCAUCCACUAUAAUGAUUCUACCUUCUGGGUUGUUGAGGCAGACUGGGGUACACAGAGAAGCUGCCUUCUACCUCAUUGGGAUCGCCAUGUUUCUGAAUAUGAAUAUGGACGACGAUAUCGAUAUGGGAGAGGGCGACACAACAUCGAAUUGGAGCCUUCUACAUGGAUGACAAUGGCGACCUUUGUGAAUUGCUCGAAGCCAAUAGAGAACAAGAGUACUUACAGGCCAGUGGCUUGCCUGAGCACCAAUUCUUCUUUUGUCUACGUGAUGACUGGCUUCCUUUCCUCUCCUGCUGCUGAGAAUUUCGAGCCCUCGUGCGGCUACUUGGCCAUGACUCCUUUGGGUGGUAGAGGCAUGAUGGUGCCCAACAGUGCAAGCUAUCCAGAUGUUGUUAAGUUCAUGAGGAAUGGAUUUUAUCUUCGAUUUCCUUUUUCGAUUGGUGAGGGUAACAUCAGAGAGUGUCUCGCAGAGUCCAUGCGUACUUUCUUUGAAGAACCAAGAAAUAGUACAGGCAUCAAGGAUAACGUUGUGUGCAUUCUUAUGGUCGAGUUAUUAUGGAAUUGUGUUAUUGAUCAACUAUCAACUAAUAAUGCUGUCAUGUCUGUUCUCAUCUACAUCAUUGAAGCAAUACCAUUGGCUCUGUGGGCUCUGAAAUCUACCCAUGUUGUUUGCAGGUUCGUAUUGAUGCCUCUGGCAGUAUUUAUCUUCCUAGCCUAUAAGUACUGGAAAACAAGGAUAUCAAUCGAUGCAGUUGAGAAGUUCCUGCGAAUGCAGCAAAUGCUCGUUCCGAUGAGAUAUGCAUACACAGACAUCAUUGCUAUCACAAGCCAUUUCAGAGAGAAGCUCGGACAAGGAGGCUAUGGUUCUGUAUACAAGGGGGUGCUACUGCCAGGUGAAGUUCAUGUUGCUAUCAAGAUGUUGGGCAAAUCCAACUGUAAUGGAGAAGAGUUCAUCAGUGAGGUUGCCACCAUCGGCAAGAUCCACCACAUUAAUGUUGUGCGUCUUGUUGGCUUUUGCUCCGAGGAAAUGAGUAGGGCACUUAUCUAUGAGUUCAUGCCCCAUGGAUCUCUUGACAAGUACAUCUUCUCAUCUGAGAGGACUUUCUCAUGGGACAAACUCAAUGAGAUUGCUCUAGGCAUUGCCAGAGGCAUCAACUACCUGCAUCAGGGGUGUGAUAUGCAGAUUGUACACUUUGACAUCAAGCCACACAACAUCCUUCUUGACAGCAACUUUGUUCCAAAAGUUGCUGAUUUUGGGCUCGCCAAACUAUUCCCAAGAGAUGACAGUUUCGUGCCCCUGAGCGCUAUGCGGGGAACCAUAGGCUAUAUAGCUCCAGAGAUGGUAUCUCGAAGCUUUGGUCUCAUCUCUAGUAAAUCUGAUGUGUACAGCUUUGGGAUGCUGCUAUUGGAGAUGACAGGAGGGCGAAGGAAUGUUGAUCCACAUGCGGGAAGCUCUAGUCAAGCAUACUACCCCUCCUUUGUAUAUAGCCAGCUGAGACAAGCAUAUGUGGGCGGGAUCAGUGAAGGUGUUGAUAUGCACAAGUUGGAGAAGAAGCUAUGUAUCAUUGGGCUUUGGUGCAUCCAGAUGAAGCCGCAGGAUCGGCCGACAAUGAGCGAGGUCAUAGAGAUGCUUGAGCUUGAAGCUGGCGUCGAUGACAUUCAAAUGCCUCCAAGGCCAUUCUUUUGUGAUGACGAGUGUGGUGGUUCUUACUCUAUAUCCUCUAAACUGAAUGCAAUAGAAGAGGAGGAUGAGUAAAUACACCUGUGUCUAUGUGCUUUAAAUGUAUCAAACUACUAAGAUUGUAACAUUGUCAUAAGCUCAGGUAUUGGUUGUAUACUUGUACUGAGAGUGUGAUAAUGUGAUGUCAUAUAAAAUACCUCUAUGAGGGUUUUUUUUUUUU